CUUUUCCAUUUUUGCAUAUGUAUAGUUGAGUUUCAUCAAAUGUUAGGAACAUAGAUGUUAAGCAUUUCAGAGAAGUACCUUGAAAAAGCAUCCUCGUUCCAAACAAAGUGAGCUCAAACAAGCAUUAAUUCUUGGAUUGGAUUCAAAACUCAAAAAUCGGAGUAAUUACCAACAUACAACACAUUAGACCAAAAGAAGCUAAACUUUUUUUGUGCCGAAGAAGAAGAUAGGAUUUGUGACUGAGAUAUCUUUACUAAUGUUAAAUGACGUUAUUAGACUCGCUGAUUUUCAAAAACUACACUGAGAGUUUAGCGAUUGUGGCACUAUGGUAAUUAUGCAUCAAAAGAUAUGGGUAUAGUUGUCAAUUAAACCAUGUAUGCGUAGAGAGAUGUACAAAAUCAAAUCUAUUACCAGAGAAUAAAAGAUGCAAUCUUCUUGCUUCUCGUGUAGUCACAUCAGACUCUUUUUGUUUUUCUUUAUAAAUCUUUGCAUAAACUAGUCUUUCAGUUCACUGGUGAGAGAGAGAGUAGAGAAGAAAGUGUUUGAAGAAAAAAAAAUGAUAACUGCUUCUACUUCGCAGAGGUCAGUGAUCGCUCUUCCGAGUAGGCUCGAAACCGUUUUGGAGAAAAUAUACAGCAAACACAAAUGUCCUCCCAUAAGCGAAGAGUCAAGGCAGAGACUUUCUUCGAUCCCUGAGGAGAUAGCUUUCGAUUUGCUCAGGAAAGCUUUCAAUGCCCCGGGGAUGUCCAACCUCGACCACUUCAUCCUCUCUAAGCUUACCCACGCCGUUACUGUUACUAGCUCUCCGGCUAAGUCUCCUCCUCCAAAAGAUGGCUGCAGAGUUUCUCAAGAGGAGAUAUCUGUUGAUUCUGAAGCUCCUCCUCAGCUCUUACUGGCUUUGAGUGAACUUGAGUUCAACAAGGCCUUUCUCUUGCUUACCUACAUUCCUCGGAAAGAUCUGAGUCAGGUUGAAAUAACUGCUGAAGAGAUCAGAGGAUGGAAGGAUUUGUCUAUGGUUGCAUUUGAAGCUGCCGUUUGGGAUAGUUUGGGAAAUAAAUUUUGUUCCCCAACAGACCGUAGAUUGUCACUGGAAUGUGAUAAUGAGAAGACUAGCUACUACCAAUGUCAUGUUGCUUCGGAUGGCAGUUACACAUUCAAGGGACCUCUUCUUGAACCCACUGGAACACACUUGCACAAGGCCUUGGGUGAUGCUAAUGUUUUGACGGUCAAGUUUGCAGAUGUCCAGAAAAAUUCGUCAACUGAUCCUUACUCUGCGUACAAAAGGAUUGCCAAGAAUGGUAUCAUGGUCGGUUUACGUCGUUAUCAAUUUUUUGUUUUCAAAGAUGGUGGAAAAGGUCAAAAGAAGAUAGACUUUUCCACAGAAGGAGUGAAAUGCUACUUCAUACGCACUGAUUCCACUUCAGCGAAUGAUUUGGGAACUCCUUACAUCUUUUCUUGGAAGUCAAUUUGUGAAGCUCGUAUGCAUUUUAUGCACGUCCACACAUUGCCAUCUUUGGCCAACUACAUGGCAAGGUUUUCUUUGAUUCUGUCAAAGACUAAGAAGCUUGAAGUUGACAUGAAUGGGAUAACCUUUGAGACAAUCAAUGAUAUACACUGCCAUGAUGAGAAUGAUAAAGAUGUUCUUAAUAAGGAUGGGAAACCAUGUAUACAUUCAGAUGGCACUGGCUACAUCUCUGAGGACCUUGCUCGGAUGUGUCCAGUACAUGUAUAUAAAGGGAAAUGUCUCAGGAGCAAUAAUGUUCAAAACCCGCCUCUUCUAAUCCAGUUUCGGAUGUUUUAUGAUGGCUAUGCUGCUAAGGGAACUUUUCUCUUAAACAAGAAACUUCCUCCUCGUACUGUCCAGGUCAGACCUUCUAUGAUCAUGGUUUCUAAAGAUCCAGCCUUGUCAAAUGUUAGCACUUUUGGCUCCCUAGAGGUUGUCAAUACAAGUAAUCCACCUAAAAGAACAAAGUUAUCAAGAAACUUGGUUGCGCUGCUCAGCUAUGGAGGAGUCCCUGAUGAAUUCUUUCUAGAUAUUUUGCUCAAUACUCUGGCAGAAUCCAAAACUGUCUUCAACAACAAACGUGCUGCUCUUAAAGUUGCCCUUAAUUAUGGAGAUAUGGACGAUCACAACGCUGCACGCAUGAUUUUGGCUGGUAUCCCACUUGACGAACCACACUUGCAGGAUCAGCUGUCUAUUUUUUCAAACACAGAGAAGAAUGAUCUCAAAGCAGGAAGGCUUCCUGUGAGUGAAUCAUACUAUCUCAUGGGUACAGUUGAUCCCACUGGAGAGUUAAAGGAAGAUGAAGUCUGUGUCAUCCUUGAGUCUGGCCAAAUCUCAGGGAAUGUGCUAGUUUACAGGAAUCCUGGACUACAUUUUGGAGACAUACAUGUACUUAAGGCUACUUAUGUUAAGGCCUUGGAGGAGUAUGUUGGAAACUCAAAGUAUGGUGUGUUCUUCCCUCAGAAAGGUCCAAGAUCUUUGGGUGAUGAGAUUGCAGGUGAUUUGUAUUUCAUCUCAAGAAAUCCAGAGCUACUUGAACACUUCAAACCAAGUGAACCGUGGGUGAGUUCGACUCCUCCUAUUAACAUUAACUCUGCUAAAAAUCCAAGCCAACUUUCACCAGAAGAGUUGGAAGAAGAGCUUUUCAAUAUGUACUUGAAGACAAGAUUCCAUGCUAGCAAUAUUGUAGGGAUGGCUGCUGAUAGCUGGUUAACAAUAAUGGACCAAUUCCUCACACUAGGAGAUGAGAGGGCUGAGGAAAAAGCUGAAAUGAAGAAGAAAAUGUUAAAGCUCAUUGAUAUAUACUAUGAUGCUCUUGAUGCACCUAAGCAAGGUGCUGAGGUCGUCAAUUUCCCAGACGAGCUGAAGCCUCACGUUUUCCCUCAUUACUUGGAGCGUGAUCCGAAAUUCAAUUCCACUUCUAUUCUUGGAAUGAUCUAUGACUUUGUUCAUUCACAUACAGCAGAGGAACACAAACCAUCAGCUGAGAUGAGUAAACUCUCAUGUUUCAAAGUUGAGCCGGUCUCUGAUCAUCAUAUGGAGAAAUGUGGACGGUGGUAUGAAAAGUACAGAAAGGAAAUGAUACAGGCGAUGGGUAACAAAGAUGAAUCAGCCAAUGAAGUUAUCCAGAGAUACAAGCAGGAGUUCUAUGGUGCUGCAGGGCUUGAAGAGCUUUAUCCGCAAGCCUUGGCACUUUACAACAUCGUUUACGAUCAUGCAGUCAAAAUGAACAACGCUCGAAACUGUGGGUUUGUGUGGAAGGUUGCAGGACCGGUCCUGUGCAGGUUCUACCUUGAGAAAACGGAGGAAAAAUCCUUAGUAUGCCCACUAGGUGUGUUUAAGAAGGUGCUUUUGGGUUGAUCACAAAGCACAUGU